AUGGCUACAGCAACUUCGACUUCAACUAAUUUUUCCGUCUCAGGAGAAACACUUCAGUUUGGAAACAAUGAGCAAAACAUCUUAGCUUAUUGGAAACAAAUCAAUGCAUUCGAAACAAGUAAUAAAUUAUCCAAAGAUCGACCGAAAUAUACUUUUUACGAUGGACCACCUUUUGCUACGGGUCUUCCUCAUUACGGACAUAUCUUAGCUGGAACUAUCAAAGAUACUGUUACACGUUGGGCAUAUCAAACAGGUCAUCAUGUUGAACGACGAUUUGGUUGGGAUUGUCACGGUUUACCUGUGGAAUACGAAAUUGAUAAAACACUUGGUAUCAAAGGACCUGAAGAUGUAGCGAAAAUGGGUAUUGCUACGUAUAAUAAUCAUUGUCGACAAAUUGUCAUGCGAUAUGCUAAUGAAUGGGAGGAUGUUGUCGAUCGAAUGGGUCGAUGGAUUGAUUUUCGACAUGAUUAUAAAACAAUGUAUCCAUGGUUUAUGGAAUCGGUUUGGUUUGUUUUUAAACAAUUAUUCGACAAAGAUCUCGUCUAUCGUGGUUUUAAAGUUAUGCCUUAUUCUAUGGGUUGUUGUACUCCAUUAUCAAACUUCGAAGCUGGACAAAACUAUAAGGAUACAGAUGAUCCAGCUGUUUGGGUAUCUUUUCCACUUGUUGAUGAACCAACAGUGAAAUUAGUUGCAUGGACAACAACACCAUGGACAUUACCAUCAAAUCUUGCACUUUGUGUUAAUCCUAAUUCAACUUAUGUGAAAAUUCUCGAUAAAACCAAGAAUGAAACUUUUAUUCUCAUGGAAAAACGCUUGGCUGAACUUUAUAAAAAACCUGAUAGUUAUCAAGUUUUAGAAACUCUUAAAGGAUCUCAAUUAAAAGGCUUACGUUACACACCAUUAUUUCCUUAUUUUGCUCAUGUUGAAUCAGCAUUUCGAGUUUUAUGUGAUGAUUAUGUAACGGAAGAAAGUGGUACAGGUGUUGUUCAUCAAGCUCCGUAUUUUGGUGAAGAUGAUCAUCGUGUUUGUUUGGCCAAUGGUGUUAUUAACAGAGAUACAGGUCCAGUUGUUUGUCCAAUUGAUGCACAAUGUCGAUUUACUGACGAAGUGAAAGAUUUUCAAGGACAAAAUGUCAAAGAAGCUGAUAAAGCAAUUAUCAAAUUUUUAAAAGAAAGCAAAAGACUUGUUCAUCAAUCAGUAAUGAAACAUUCGUAUCCAUUUUGCUGGAGAAGUGAUACACCGUUAAUCUAUCGGGCUGUUCCAUCGUGGUUCGUUCGGGUAGAAGGAAUGAUUGAUCGAUUAUUAACGAACAAUAGCAAAGCAUAUUGGGUUCCUGAUUUUGUUAAAGAGAAACGCUUUGCUAAUUGGCUUCGUGAUGCACGUGAUUGGGCAAUUUCACGUAAUCGAUAUUGGGGUAAUCCUAUUCCAUUAUGGAUCAGUGAUGAUGGACAAGAAGUUGUUUGUGUUGGCUCAAUCGAAGAAUUACAACAAUUAUCUGGUGUUAAACUUGAUGAUAUUCAUCGUGAAUUCGUCGACGAUGUGACAAUUCCAUCUCGAACAGGAAAAGGUGUAUUACGUCGCAUUCCUGAAGUAUUCGAUUGUUGGUUUGAAUCAGGUUCAAUGCCUUACGCUCAAGUUCAUUAUCCAUUUGAGAAUAAAGAUACUUUUAUGAAUACAUUUCCAGCUGAUUUCAUUGCUGAAGGUAUCGAUCAAACUCGGGGAUGGUUUUACACAUUGUUAGUCAUUUCAACGGCUUUAUAUGAUCAACCGCCAUUCAAAAACUUAAUUGUUAAUGGAAUCGUUUUGGCAUCUAAUGGAGAAAAGAUGUCCAAACGAAAGAAGAAUUAUCCCGAUCCAAAACUUAUCUUCGAAGAAUACGGUGCUGACGCACUUCGACUUUAUUUAAUUACUUCGCCUGUUGUACGUGGUGAAUCAUUGAAAUUUAAAGAAGAAGGUGUUCGCGAUGUGGUCAAAGACGUGUUUUUACCAUGGUACAAUGCAUUACGUCUUCUUGUUCAAUCUUGUGAUCAAUUAAAAGUUGAUAAAAAAGUUACCUUUGUUUAUGAUGAAAAACGUCUGCAUGCAUCAAUGGCAUCAAAUACAAAUGUCAUGGAUACAUGGAUCGUUUCAUACACUCAAACUUUAUUAGAUUUUGUUAAACAAGAAAUGGAUGCUUAUCGAUUAUAUACGGUCGUACCACGUCUUGUUAAAUACAUUGAUAUGUUAACUAACUGGUAUGUCAAAUUGAACAAACGACGUUUUAAAGGAGAAACAUCACAAGAAGAUUGUUUUAUUUCAUUGAAUGUUCUUUGUUAUGUUCUUUUGACAAUGUCGAAAUUAAUGGGACCAUUUACACCAUUCCUAGCAGAAUAUAUGUAUCAAGUUUUGAGAAAAUUAAUGCCACCAUCAUCGGCCGAUACUUCGGAACAAGACUUGAGUGUUCAUUUCCAUUUAAUGCCGAAAUCCGAGAAUUCUUUGAUUAACAAAGAAAUUGAACGUGCUGUUGCAGCUGUGCAAACAGUUAUCUGUAUGGGUCGUGUCGUACGAGAACGAAAAAUCGUUCCAAUGAAAUAUCCAUUACCCGAAUUCGUUAUCAUUCAUAAAGAUGCAUCGGUAUUGAAAGAGUUACAAUCAUUAGAAGAUUUCGUUCGAGAAGGUUUGAACGUUCGUAAAGUGACCUUUUCACAAGAUCGAGAACUUUAUGGUGUUGAAAUGCGUGCUGAACCUAAUUAUCCAACAUUGGGAAAGAAAGCUGGAUCGAAAGUUAAAGCAGUAACGGAAAAAAUCCGUGCAAUGUCGGAUGCAGAUAUUGAACAAUUAUUAUCUAAAGAAGAAAAUGAAGGUCCAUUAACAGUUAUCGACGAAGUUCCAAUUGAAACCGAAGAUGUUCAUAUUGUUUAUCGAGUUGCAAAACAAACACAAUUUGAAGCAACUGCUGAACAAGGAUUUGUUGUUUUACUUGAUUAUACGGCUGAUGCAUCAUUGAAAGAUGAAGGUCUCAUUCGAGAAAUUACUAGUCGUGUUCAAAAACUUCGAAAAGAAGCAAAAGUCAAACCAACGGAUGAUAUCAGUAUUUAUUAUGCUGUUGAACCAUUAACAAGUGAAAUUGCUCGUAUUGCAUUAGAACAACAAAAUGAAAUUACAACAAUUCUUGGAAAACCAUUUCUUCCUUUGACAAGUUCACAAAAUAACAAAGUUAUUAUCUCAAAGAAAGUACCCGUGAAAGAUGGUGAAAUUGAAUUCGUUAUCACUGAAAGUACAAAUUAA